AUGAUUAAGCACGCAGAUCUACGCAACUCUAAUUACAAGGAUGAUAUCAGAUAUACCGUGCAGAUUCACCGAAUGAUUCUGGGACUGAUCGGCGUGUGGCCAAUCUUAGAGCGAUCCUGGCACCGGAAGAGACUGAUGAAGAGAUUUCUUAACUGCGUGUGUUGUUUCCUACUGUCCUUUAAUCUGAUACCGUGGGUGCUAUACAUGUUACUGAUUAUGGAUACGUUCAAGGCCAGGCUGAAGAUGUUCGGCGCAUUUUGUUUUUACACCAUGGUGUCUUUUAUGUACUGUUCGCUGAUCUACCAGGAGGAUCGUAUCAGGGAAUGCUUGAGGCACAUUGAAGAGGAUUGGCGAAACGUUAAGGAUGUAAACGACCGCAAGAUUAUGCUAGACAAGGCUAAAACAGGACGUAUCAUUCUCAUCACUGCCACGUUGUUCUUGUUCACCAGCGGCUUCACUUACCGUUUGAUUCAGCCAAUAGCCAGGGGCAACAUCGUCGUCAACGAGAACCUCACGAUUAGACCUUUGGUGCAAGGAAAUUAUUAUAUUUUCUUCGAUCCGCAGCAGAGCCCGGCCUAUGAAAUCGUGUUCUCUGUUCAAUGUAUGGCCGGUGUCGUCAUUUACAUCAUAACAGCGAGUGUCUGUGGGGUUACUGCAUUGCUCACCAUGCAUGUCUGCGGACAACUCGAGAUGCUGAUCAGCUGGCUGGAGAAUUUGGCAAGUGACAAUCAGUUGUGGAAGGAUCACGUCGCCACUCGGAGAUUAGCGACGUUCAUCGUACAUCAUGUUAGGAUACGUAAAUUUUUGCAUCAAAUACAAGAUAUCGUAGGAGAAAUGUGUUUUAUUGAAAUUAUCGGAUGCACUUUAAUAUUAUGUCUUUUAGGAUAUUACGUGAUAACGGGAUGGGAACGAAAUGAUGCAAUAUCUACGUUGACGUAUGCUAUAAUGCUAGUAUCAUUUACCUUCAAUAUUUUUAUAUUAUGUUACAUUGGAGAGAUUUUAAAUACUCAGGGAGACAAAUUAAGCACUACUUGCUGCACCGUCGAUUGGUAUUGCUUACCUAGUAAAAGAGCUCGUUACCUCAUCUUUGUGAUUGCCAUGGCUAAAUAUCCUACAAAGAUCAGAGCGAGUAAAUUUAUGGAUCUCUCUUUCAGCAGUUUCAGUGCAGUCGUCAGAACCGCGAUGGCAUAUUUAAAUUUGCUCCGAACAGUUACUGUAUAAUUAUACAAACUACGAUUUGUACUAAGAAUUUUUAUUAUGUUUUAUAGGAUAAUAUUCUUCAUUUAAGAUUGUAAAUAUCAUUUAUGCAAAUUCAAUUCAGUCGUGCGUAGAUAUUGCAUAU